ACCGCUAAGCAUUUCGCCCGGCGUGCUAACGUUUCUGCCAGCUCGCCGAGGUGCCACGCAGUGGGACUGAACUCGGAACCUAUUGUUGAGGCCUCUUACCACACAGCCACGCCUAUAUUUUGUAUAUAAAACCGGAGCAUUCAUAAACAUCUACACAGGUAAAGAGUGUUGUUACUACGAGAGAAUGGUUGAAAUAAUUCCAACACACGUGAAGGAUGUCUACAUCUGCCACAUUAAGCAGUUCAAAGACCAUCGUGGAAAGCUCUGUGAAUUAUUCAACAUGGUCAAAUAUCCAGAAGAAAUUAAAAAAUUCUUCCCAGUUCAACAGAUUACUUGGGUGACCAAUAGAAAAUUUGCCCAUCGUGGACUCCAUAUAGCUGCUUACUCAAAACUCUUAACCUGCAUCAAAGGUUCAGUUUACGAUGUGGUUGUUGACACGCGACCAGACUCCAGCACUUACCUUCAAUGGGUAGGUGUAACUCUGAGUGAAGAGAAUGGGUACCAGCUACUCGUACCCCCUGACUGUGGACAUGGUUACCUAGCCCUGGAGGAGGGCUGUGCAGUUGUCUACUGCCAGGGUGGAUGUUUCCUGCCAUCAGUUCCUGAAAAAGCUGUCCAUUUGUUUGACAAAGCUGUAUCAGUUGAUUGGCCUUUUAUUGAUCAGAAAAGCAAUUUUCUGAUAUCGGAGAAAGACUCAAAAGUGCCCUUCUUAGAGGUGGAUAUUGAAAAAUUUAAACCCAAUCGCAAAAGAAUUCUGAUUAUUUCUUCAAAAGGUCAAGUUGGACAACUAUUCUUCAGGAAACUAACAGAAUUAAAUGACAAGUAUGUUGUUAUUGGGACUUGCUACUCCAAUGAUGAACCUCAACAUUAUAAAUUUGAUUUGAAAACAGCAGCAAAGGACCCAGCACAUGUGGAUCUGCUUCUGGAUGCCUGCAAACCCCAUGUGGUCAUUGUAUGUGGUGCCAUGACCAAUGUAAACUUGUGUGAAUCAGAAAAAGAAUUGGCUUAUCUUGUUAACCGAGACAGUAUUGAACAGUUAGGAAAACAAAUCAAAAAGCGUGGUGCCAAGUUGAUCUUCUUCUCAACCAAUUAUAUCUUCAGUGACCCUCUCAAACCAGAUUUACCCCAAGACAGGAUCGAUAUGUUAGCUAAUGAUGUUGGUAUAAAGGAAGAUGCACGUCCCAACUGUGUGAACGUCUAUGGUAAAUCUAAACUGGAUUCUGAGAAAGUACUCCAAGAUAACGACCCUAAUGCUUUAAUUAUACGCACUUCGGGUGUGUUUGGACAUGAUAGCAAAAAAAGGAACUUUGUGUACCAAGUUAUAGGGAAUCUUCUGGGUGGAAAUAAGAUGACGCUGCUUACAGAUGAAAUCCAGUGUCCAGUUUACAAUGAUGAUUUGUGUAGGGCCACACUUGAGCUGAUGGAGAAAAACUGUUCAGGAAUCUACCAUAUUGUAGGACCAGAGGCUUUCAACAAAUACACAUUUGGUGUGAAGAUUGCUGAAAUCUUCAACCUUGAUACUUCAUUGUUAGUUCCAAUGUCAUCAGAAGAACUCAAAUUACCUGCCAAAAGGCCGUAUUUUGCAGCAUUAUCCACAGCAAAAUUUCGCAAGGAAUUCCCAGAAUUCAAGUUCCAUAAUGUAUCCGCUGCUGUUAAGGAUUGGCAAACUAAACAAAUGAAGGCUGGAAAGUUCUUGUCUGAAUUCUAAUAAGUCCUUUAAAGAGGAAGGAAAUAAAGAUAUAUUGAUGAUGCACUGAUGAAUAUUAAUGAAAUGAAACCUGGUGCUUCAUUAGAAGCAAUUUUUCAGGGUUCUUUGUAUUAUAUAUGAGGGUGUGUGGAAAAGUUCCCGGCUUUAAGAUUACUGGGAAAAGCCUGGUUGGAGACCUAACCUUCCAAGGCGUUUUAUAAGGCCAAGAACUUUUCAUCAACCCCUUGUAUUUUGGGGAGAUUCGGUGGUAUACAUGGCCAAGAUGUGCCAGUUAUUUGUUUACAAGGUUAUUUU